AUGUUGAACUGCGCCCGCAACUUCUUAGCUCGUCACUUGUUGCUUACAAAUGUCGGAACAAGUUGCGCCCAAAUCGGAACUGCCGACAUAAUUCAGCAACACAUUAAUGGAGACGUCGAUCGAGAAGGAUGGGACUGGCGGCGAACAUGUAGAAUGGCAGCAAUUGGAUUGGUGAUGGCACCCAGCUUACAUUGCUUCUAUCGAGUGUUGGAUACCAGAAAAUUCAAAGGAUCGAAGAAUUUCCGAGUGCUGAAAAAACUGGCAUGGGAUACAUCGUUCAUCCCGUUUUUCUCCUGCACUUUCAUCACAGUUGGUGCAAUAUACGAAGGAAAAUCUCUACAGGCAGCAUUCGCAGAGUAUCGGCGAAAAAUGUGGCAUAUCUGGAAGGUCGAUUUCACGCUUUGGCCUCCGGCGCAGCUAAUCAACUUCUACUUUUUGCCGCCUGCUUUACGAGUGGUGUACGUGAACCUCGUCUCAUUACUCUAUAACUGUAUCAUGUCUUACAUUAAAAAUAAUGAGCUACACCAUACAUCCCAUUAG